ACUUACCAUAGAAAACUAAAUGUUAAUCAUUUUAUAAAAAAUGACAAUUAAAAAUGUGCAUUAUAGUCCAAUUAAGCUUCAAAUUUUGGUUAAUGAAUUAUAACAACAUUCAUAAAAAUUUCUUGAAAUUUUUAUGGAUAUAAUCUCCAAUUAACACCAUAUUUCAAACCUUGUUAGUAAGGGCUUCAAUUUAGUCUUAUUUAUUUAAUUACCCAUCCCAUCUUUCCUCAACCUCUAACCACCUGACGGCGAAUCCAUCGUCUCCGGCAUUCCUCAGGCGGUCCAACUCAAUCACAAAGAGCCGGACCGUGGUGGCUCUUCCUACUCCGUCCUCGCGGUAGCAGAUCUACAAGUUCAUCUGACCCACGAACAGCUCGUGGGACGUCUCCCAGUUCUUCUUCUCCUUCUUCUCCGGGCAACAAGCUGCAGCGGCGCUAGAAGAAAAAACAUUUUUAAAGAAGGCUCAAGGUUGUCUCUGGAUUUUACUAUGACAAAGACUUUGGUCCUUCCGUUCCAACCACUGAAAUCACCUGCACAAAAGUUUGAAGGGGUUAAGUUCAUAAGGCGUCAAGGGCCAAAAAUGCAGCUCACACUUACCCAGCCUGAUGAUUGGCAUCUUCAUCUUCGUGAUGGUGAUCUCUUAAAAGCGGUUCUUCCUCACAGUGCAAGUACCUUUGGAAGGGCUAUUGUGAUGCCAAAUCUGAAGCCACCCAUCACUACCACAGCUGCUGCUGUGGCGUAUCGGGAUUCUAUCUUGAAAGCGUUACCGUCCAAUAGCAACUUUAUUCCUCUUAUGACCCUUUAUUUGACAGAUACAAUGAGCCCAAACGAGAUCAAGCUUGCAAGAAAAAGUGGGGCUGUUUAUGCUGUAAAAUUGUAUCCUGCCGGUGCUACGACCAAUUCCCAAGAUGGUGUUACAGAUCUUUUUGGGAAGUGUCUACCUGUUCUUGAGGAGAUGGUUGAACAGGACAUGCCUCUGUUGGUUCAUGGCGAGGUAACAAAUCCUGAUGUUGACAUGUUUGAUCGUGAGAAGGUCUUCAUUGAAACUGUGUUGAAACCCCUGAUUGAGAGGCUUCCAAAGCUGAAGGUGGUGAUGGAGCAUAUUACUACUGCAAAUGCUGCUAAGUUUGUUUUGUCUUGCGAACAUGCGCUUCUAGCGGCAACUGUCACUCCACAACAUCUUCUUCUCAACAGGAAUUCUCUAUUUCAAGGAGGACUGCAGCCACAUAAUUACUGUCUUCCAGUACUCAAAAGAGAGACUCACAGGCAGGCAAUUGUGUCAGCUGUAACUAGUGGAAGUAAAAAGUUCUUCCUCGGAACUGACAGUGCUCCACACGAGAGACGAAGGAAAGAAAGUUCAUGUGGUUGUGCUGGUAUAUACAGUGCCCCUAUUGCCUUAUCAUUAUAUGCAAAGGUGUUUGAAGAGGCGGGUGCUCUUGAUAAACUAGAAGCAUUUACAAGUUUCAAUGGACCCGACUUCUAUGGACUCCCCAGAAACACCUCAAAAAUUACACUGCAAAAGGCUCCAUGGCAGGUUCCAAAGUCUUUCACAUUUCCUUUUGGGGAUAUCGUUCCAAUGUUUGCAGGUGAGACACUUGAAUGGCAGCCAUGCUUCAACUCAGACUAAAAAGUUCCAAUGUUGCUUGCUUACACAAUAACACCACAUUCUAAGCAUAUCCUCAAUUCUCUGAUUUAACAACACUGAUGUUGAUUUCCUCAAUUAGAACUUUUUACUGUUGGGACAUUUAUGGACGAUCCCUCCCCUCCCAUCUUUGAAAUAAAAUCAUGAUUAACUUUUGAUUUGAA